AUGGCGUCGAGCCCCGAGGCUGGCGAGCGCCUAGCGCGCAUCAGUCGCAUGCGUACGCUAUCGGCGCUGCUGGACGACGAUCUGGACGACGAGGAACAGCUGCCGGAGGAGUGUCGCGCACUGUUUGCGCAUGUGACGGCAGCCGCGUCUAAAGACUCCAAAGAAUCGGUGGACGAAGACGCGGCUGAGCUGGACCAAGCGCGACGCAAUGAGUUCCUAUGCGUCGAGUGCCAAGCACACGAGGCCGAACUCUUUUGCGAACAGUGUCACGACUACUUUUGCGAGUUGUGCUGCGGCGGCCAGCAUCGUAAGGGCAACAGGCGGAAGCAUACGUUUCAGCCACGUUUCCCUGUGUCUAAGGCUGCUCCGGUAGCUGAAGAGGCCACUAACGAUGUGGAGAUGGACACAACGAGAGACGCAGUGGACUACGAUAGCGAUGAGGACGAGCUGGACGGAGACACAAGCAGCAGUGAGGACGAGGACCUUGAUCGUGGUAUGGAUGGCUCUAUAGACCACGACUCAGAUACUUCUGACUCGGAUGAACCUGCAGGACGCCGUAACAUUUGUAACUUGAUGGGUCAUUAUCUGUUAGGUUACCCGUCGUCGCUGGGCCCGGCAACACUCUCCAACGGAAAUUCGAGUGCUGCAAGUGCUGAAGAUGCUGCCAAGAUGCUGGAGCGAGCCAAGUACAUCCCUGUGCGACUCACAUAUGAGGAACGCAAGCUGUUGCGAGCGCUGGAGGCAGCGUUAUGUGUGAGCAGCUACACGGACAAGCUCGACACACCCAAGUUCCUACCGGCAGCUAAGCGCGUGCGUGCUCAGCUGCAAGAUGUGUGCGGAUUCCUGUCAGCACUAGCAGUUGCAUCGGACUACAAGGCUGGACAAGAGGUCCUGGACGAGAAGAACUUCGCUGAGAGCGCCGAGUUUUUUCAGGAGAUCUUUGAGCUGGGCAGACGAUACAAGAUAAUGAACCCAGAGAAAAUGCGCGGUGAGUACGGCAAGCUCAUGUAUCUGCUUCAGGAUGCAGUGAGUCCAGAACUGCAGGAACUCCUCGGAUUCUCGUGUCUUCAAAAGAUCCGUACGGUGUACAAUGUGCUGGAGGCAGGCGGUGCUCUGGACAUGCUACGUGAUGCUCGUAUUGAGACUGCUACAAUGGUGGUCGCGCCCGAGGGUAAGACUCGCUUUCAGAUCCAGCGUCAGAUCAAGCAGAAGGAGCAGGCCAUUCGUGCUUUGAGCGACAAGUACGAGAGCCGACGACUCACGCGCGACUCGCUGCAACAGUGUCUGUACUCGAUCGCCGAUAACAACUACCAUUUGUACUUUGAGCGCGACCCGAUCGACCGUAUGGUCAAGUUGCUGACUACACACUUCAAUCCAGACGAUGAGAAGGAAGACAGCUCGCUGGCCAUCAUCAGCGGGAACGACGGCGCUCGAUUGUCUCAUUCGCACAGUCGACAGUACAAUUACGUGCUGCAAUCGCUGACACUUUGGCGUGAGAUCGCUCACGAUAUGUUCCGUCUCUGGUGUCUGACGGACGAGGAUCUACUCGCCGACGGCACGCGGUACGAGCUCACGGACACUGGUCAAGGGCUGCACCGUAUCCAGCCUGCGCCUCGUGUGUCGCGCGCCAUGCACGUGAUCUUACACUCCACCCAGCGCAACUUAGACUCGUGGGUGGGCUCAAGUGUGAUCCACCUUGGAGACAAGAAUGUCCCCAACGCACUCAUGUUCAUCGACAAGUACACUCAAGUAGGACAUAUUUUACGUCCUAUUGUCAAAGCUAUCGACAGUAUCGAGUCGAUGUGCGAGUCGUCAAAGGCGAUUCAAGGAUACGUGGACACCACAUUUGGUGGUGCUCGCAAGCUGAAGCGGACUAUCCUGGCAGACUUCUUUCGUGAGGCUUUUGACGGCAGUGGCGCUGACAAUUUCUUUGAGGCCGGAUCGUGUAUCGACGGUCGACUCACAAGCGCCUGGAAUUGGUGUUCGAACCUCCACAGAAAGCACUUCUUUCCAAUUUUCAAGAUCACGGGCUUUGUUGGCUUUGACGGCAAGUUCGGAUAG